AUGGAGGUUGAUUCAAAUGGUGGUGACAAUCCUUUAGUAAAUGAGGGUGAACAAGUUGAAUCUGAUUUCCGACCCCCUCGAAAACAAGUUGAAGAACCGAAAAAGGGCAUGUGUUUUAGCUCAAGGGAAGAAGUGUACACAUUUUAUGCCACAUAUGCUAAGCAUGUUGGCUUUUCUAUAGCUCAUAGAGCACAAUAUUUUGGAGAUGAUGGCGAAUUAAAAAACUUUGCAAUUGAAUGUUCUCGAGCGGGGGAGAGAAAAAAGAAAUCAGAAGUGAACCCUCUGAAGCCAUCUUUGUCCACAAAAAUUGGUUGCAAAGCAAGGAGAAGAUUAGAAAUCAAUGAUCAAGCAGGGAUUGGGGUGUCUAGGAACUAUCAUUCAAUGGUUGUUGAAACAGGGGGAUACGAGUCAUUGACAUUUGAUGAGCGAGAUGCAAGGAAUUACACUAAUAGAGCUAGAAGAUUAAGGCUUGGUGAAGGUGAUGCCGAAUCACUUCAAAGUUAUUUUAUCAAGAUGCAAGCACAUAGUGAGAAAUUCUUUUAUGCCCGGCAUCGAUGGUGCUUAUGGCAUGUAAUGAAGAAAAUACCGGAGAAGUUGAAAGGAUAUGCUCAGUAUGAACCCAUGAAGUUGGCUAUGCAAAAUGCAAUUUAUGAUUGUUUGACAAGAGAUGAAUUUGAGGAAAAAUGGGAAGAGAUGCUUACUAAAUUCAAUCUUUAUGAUAAUGAGUGGUUGGGGGUACUAUAUCAUGAGCGGCAUCGAUGGGUUCCUGUGCUCUCUGUCAACCAUAGCUCUCCGUCGACCAUAGCAUUUUGUGGGGGAGAGAAAAAAGAAAUUAGAAGUGAACCCUUUGAAGCCAUGUUUGUCCACAAAAAUUGGUUGCAAAGCAAGGGUACGGGGUACUCUACAAAAGAAUGGGACAUAUAUAGAAGAUUAGAAAUCAAUGAUGAAGCAGGGAUUGGGGUGUCUAGGAACUAUCAUUCAAUGGUUGUUGAAGCGGGGGGAUACGAGUCAUUGACAUUUGAUGAGCGAGAUGCAAGGAAUUACAUUAAUAGAGCUAGAAGAUUAAGGCUUGGUGAAGGUGAUGCCGAAUCACUUCCAAGUUAUUUUAUCAAGAUGCAAGCACAUAGUGAGAAAUUCUUUUAUGCCCAGCAUCGAUGGUGCUUAUGGCAUGUAAUGAAGAAAAUACCGGAGAAGUUGAAAGGAUAUGCUCAGUAUGAACCCAUGAAGUUGGCUAUGCAAAAUGCAAUUUAUGAUUGUUUGACAAGAGAUGAAUUUGAGGAAAAAUGGGAAGAGAUGCUUACUAAAUUCAAUCUUUAUGAUAAUGAGUGGUUGGGGGUACUAUAUCAUGAGCGGCAUCGAUGGGUUCCUCAAGCCUACACCAAUGCAAAAUUCAAAGAAGUUCAAGGAGAGUUAAAGAGAUUAGUAUACUGUCAAGCCUUGAUUGUCAAAGAGGAGGGAGCAAUUUGUACAUAUAAUGUCCAAGAAGCGAUGGUAGUUUGUGACAAGAUGAAGCAUGUGGACUUUGUUGUGUAUUUUAAUUCAAUUGAAUGUGAAGUUCAGUGUAUGUGUCGGUUGUUUCAGUUUAGAGGGAUUAUGUGUGCUCACUCACUCGCGGUGCUUGUGAGAAGGUGCAUAAAUGAGGUGCCAAGUAAGUACAUUUUGCCACGUUGGAGGAAAGAUUUGGUUCGAGAGUACACAUACAUCAAAACCACGUACACUGGCUUUGGGGAUGAUUUCAAUACAAGUUGUUAUGAGAGGAUGAACAAGAAAUUGAUCGCCAUUAUACAACUUGCUGGUAAUUCAGAAGGGAAAAUUAAAAUUAUAAACUGUGCGUUGGAUGAAAUGAAGGAUAGAGUCAUGCACGAUAAAUCGGGUGAUGGGAGUAAUUUAGCACCUUCUACUAAUAGGAUAACAUCUUCUACAAAAAGUCCAAUUGCCACCGGAUGUACAUCGGGUGCUAGUACGAGGAAGGUGGUUAGUCCUUUGGUUGUUCGGCGAAGAGGCCGUCCAGUAACGAAACGAAAGGUUGCCAAAGUAGAUCAAAUAGUGAAUCGGUUCAAGAUAACGGCCAAAAAACAAACAAAAGCAAAGGUUGUAAAUGCUAUUGGAGGCACAUCUCUUAUCCCAUCGAACUUUGUAAGCGGCACACCGAGAAGUUUGAUUCAUGGUCCAACUCAAUUUCUUGGAUCUGGAUCUCUAACCCCAUCGGGUUCUAAUGCAUGCAUACCGGGAAUGAAUGAUGGACAUUGCACAGCGCGAAUGAAUGAUGGAGAUUGUAGAAAUGUUUGA